CAGCGCCGCGCGCCUUCACCUCGACCUCGAUACCCACGCCCGCCCUCUGCGCCGCAGCUGUCGGCCAUGUCUGCUGGGAGUAGCCACUGCACCACAGGCCCCGCUCGCGCUCCGGCUCUCAGCUCCCCGCACGCCGCCCGGCCCAUCACGUAGCCGUUGCGUCCUGCGCGCGCAUCCCAACAAACCGCCGCGACGAGCGCCCGAGAGCAGAUAUCACCGGAAACGGCGCCAAACUGGAGAUCCUCGCGCACGCGCUGUCCGCGCCGUCCGCGCCGUCCGCAGGCGCAGCCGCCGCCGCCGCCGCCAUGAGCGACAAGGACCCGCCGCCGUUUGGCUACACGUUCAGCAGCGACUUCUUCGCCGGCGCGUCGACGCCGCUGGACUCGCACGGCCAGUCGCUGCUGAGCGACAUGGAGGGCCAGUCGCUCGCCGACUUCUUCUCCAACACCGACCCCUUCAGCCUGGCCGACGGCCCGCCCUUCGCCGCCCCCGACACGAAGCUGGCCGGCUCCGACUUCAACGACUGGAACUUCAUGGCCCCGGCCACGGUGCACCAGGUCUCGGCCACCAUCCCCGACCAGGCCCAGCUGCACCACGGCUACGACCUGUUCGCCCCGCUGGACAUGGGCACCACCCACGACGACCUGCAGGCCGCCGAGACGCUCUUCAACACGCAGCACCCGCAGCCCGCCUACCGCCACAGCUUCCACGACGGGCCCUCGGGCCACCACCCCACACACAGCGUCCCCACACAUGGCGUCCCCAGACACAGCGUCUCCUCGCACAGCGGCGUCCCUACCCACAACGGCCGCCCCAUGGUGGCCACCGCCCAGGGCCUGCUCCCCGAGCCGCUCGCCGCCCUGCUGCCCAACCACGGCGCCGCCGGCACCCUCGACGCCCAGCUGGCCGCCCAGUGGGCCGGCAGCGACGCCCACCACAUCGUGCAGGAGGAGUUUGGCGUGCACCGCCCGAGCCUGAAGCGCACCUACACCUUCGGCACCGACGACUCGUUCAGCAACCCGGCCGGCUUCUCCGCCCCGCACGCCGAAACCGAAGAGCACGUCACCCAGCGCCUGCUGCGCGACAUGGCCCACACCCAGGCCUUCAUCCCGCUCGACGCCAAGCCGUCGCGCUCGCCCUCGCCCUCCGACUCCGACACCCCCAGCAGCACGCCCUCGUCGCCGCCCUCCAAGAAGCGCAAGAAACCCAUCAAACCCGACCCCCUGCGCAAAACCACCGCCGCCCGCAUCGCCAAGCCCAAGCCCCCGGACGACAAGAAAAAACGCGCCGCCUCCUCCUCUUCUGCUGCCCAGAAACUGCAGCGCGAGAACCUGUCCGAGGCCCAGAAGCGCAGCAACCACAUCCUGUCCGAGCAGAAGCGGCGCAACCUGAUCAAGCGCGGGUUCGAUGAUCUGCACGACCUGGUCCCCGAGAUACGGACGGGCGGGCUGAGCAAGAGCAGUGUGCUCACCGAAGCGGCGAAUUUCUUGGAUCAGCUGGUCGCUGGGAAUGCCGAGUUGGGCGCGUUGCUGGGGCGGUGAGGUGGGGAUUAUUAUGGAGAUGGAUUGG